AUGGGGUUCAAUGUGUCCAAGUGCAAGGAUGCAUUCAUGGCAUUCCACCUUGACAAAGGCCAAGUGAGCAAGUAUUUGAAGCCAUUGCUGAUUGGGGAGCUGGCACCAGAUCAACCUAACUCUGAGCCCACCAAAAAUCAAUCGAUCAUAGAGGACUUCCGGAAGCUGCGGUCCACUGUUGAGAACAUGGGACUCCUGAAGCCCAACAGUCUCUUCUUCUUUCUGAUUUUCCUUCAUAUUGUGCUACUGGAUAUUGGUGCCUGGUUGACCAUCUGGUACUUUGGAUCAUCUUUAGUACCGUUCUUCAUAGGUGUUGCAUUAUUUACUACUGCUCAGUGCCAGAUGUCCUGGUUCCAGCAUGACUUAGGACACCUUUCUGUCUUUAGCAACUCAAAGUGGAAUCAUCGGGUACACACAAUCUUAAUGGGUGUCGUGAAAGGAAUGCCAGCUACAUGGUGGAAUAACCUGCAUUUCCAGCACCACGCCAAGCCCAACUGCUUUCGUAAAGACCCCGAUCUCAACAUGCACCCCAUUGUGUUUGCCUUGGGGAAGAAACUGGCUGCAGAGCUUGGGAUGAAGAAAAAGAAGUUCAUGCCUUACAACCAUCAACACAAGUACUUCUUCAUUACAGGUCCAGGUUUGCUGCUUCCCUUCUUCCAGUUCUCUGUAUUCUACUUCCCAAUCAAGCGAAAAGAAUGGCUGGAGGUAGCAUUGAUUGUGACCUACCACAUCAGAGUUUGUCUGAUCUACAUACCCCUUAUGGGAUUUACGUGUUUUAUGGCAUACUACUGGCUUUCCAGGUUUCUUGAGACCUGUUGGUUUACUUGGGUUUCACAAAUGAACCACAUCCCAAUGCAAAUUGAUUACGAUAAAAAUGCGGACUGGCUGUCUAUGCAGCUCCAAGCCACCUGCAAUGUGGAUCAAUCCUUUUUCAAUGACUGGUUUACCGGCCACCUGAACUUCCAGAUUGAACACCACCUUUUCCCCACGAUGCCUCGACACAAUUAUUGGAAAGUGGCUCCUCUGGUGAAAUCCCUCUGUGCCAAGCAUGGCAUUGCCUACCAAUGCAAACCUCUGUUCACUGCAUUUGGAGACAUUUUACACUCUCUGAAGGAUUCAGGAGAAGCCUGGUAUGAUGCAUAUAUGCAUGCAUGAGAGGAAGUUCCUCAAAAGUACAUCACAGAUUGAGGGCAGUUAAUGUGCUGAGGAAGAAUUUGGGGUCUGGUGGGUGAGACAGGCAGAUGUUCGUGAAUUUGGGGCAUUCUGAAGAUGUUAUUUCCUGUUCUACACAAUGUUCCCUUUUGUGCAAGUUCUGUUUGUGUUCUGGCAUUUGUAGAGUAGGGUCUAAAUGCAAGAGAGGCAUGAGAAAGAAGGCACUUCUGUUGUGCUUCAUUUAUGAGGACAAUCUCACUUGUUUGUGUAAAACUGAAAUCUGACUGUCUCUUCAUGGGGGGAAAGCUUUGUGAAUAAGACAGUUAAAAGCAGAAGAACAGCACUGCUGAAGAAUGAAAAUGAUGAAAAGUAAUAACAUUUGUGAAAGCCACAGGAAAUGUUGGGGAACGUUGUUUAGAUGGCUGCUUCAGCUGUAAGAACAGAGGUGCCUUUUCAAGUGUCCAUGACAGUGAGCUUAAGUAAAAGGCUCCAUAUAGAAUUUUAGCAGCUGAAUAGAUCUCAUUGAGUUCUGUGUUACCAUUAUUUCCCAUCGUGGUGGUGGUGGUGGUGGUGGUGGAUGCCUCUCCUCUCCACCAGGUACUUCAAAGGCCCACAUGCUGAUGCCCAAUCAUACAGUUCAUGCAAUUUCAGCCUUUCCUUGCUAGAAAAGAAACUGCAUGCCAUCUGGGUCAAUGGGGAGGCCUCAGUUUGCAUACUGUUUGAAGUGCACACAUGAGGAAGGGCACCCUUUCACUCCUCCACCACAGGAGCGCCAACUCCUCCCCCUCCUAAUGGAUGAUCCAACUGAUUCUCAUUCAGUGAUAACUUCUGGCAGCAUGAUGGGAAAGUAUUGCAUUCAUAUUGUUUCUAAACAGAUUUGAAAGCAUUGGUCUUCUUUAGCACUCUGCCCUUAGGUUGUACACCACCUUGUGUACAUAUUUUUAUUUAUUUGUAUGAUUCUUGUUAAUAUGUUUCAUAAAAUUCAUUGGCUCAAUAUCUGUGUGGCUGACUGU